AUUUGUUAAACUUUAUCGACAUACGAAGUUAGUAUGGUGUACAGCAUUGAUUUUCCGAGAAAGAAGUUACUGCAAGCAGAGAAACACUCAUCAUACCUUCUGGGGUUUGUCGUUUACUUCGCGGUUCUCUCAAUCGGAAAUUCCAAUGCUCAUUUGAACAUUUUAGUUUCAAUCUUUUCAUCCAACACUCAAUUAUGUUCUCUCAUGGAGGUAAAACUCCUUCAAGGUAUGAAUUGCUGAGUAUGGUAAAGAAGCACUCUAAUUUGUUGGGGAAGACUAUAGUUGAUGAGCAGGAUGCAUCAGAUGUUGAAUUGGAUCAAGCUUUUUGGCACGAUAUUCUGAAUUUUUAUUUCGUUCAAGGAAAGCAAUCAAGAGGACGCCAAGAUGAUGAUCUCAUUUUUUUUGUUAGGAAAAUGAACAUCCAUGCGCAUAAUUCUAGUGAUGACUUAAAUGCCAAUUCUCCUUACUUUGUACGCAGGUGGGCAUCUAAGUUGGAUAGUAUGGUUGGUGACAGUUUGAUGGAGGUGGAUUGGAGGCGAUCAUUUUAUUUGAACCUAAUUGCUCACACUUCAUUCACAGUAACAGUUGCUAUAUGCAGCAAUCAGGUCCUUCAACAUCAUCGAGUGGGGCAAGAUACAAAAUUGAGUCCUAUAUACAAGGUUGUAAAGACUGUUUAUGCAUCACCAAGCCGGGUCAAUUUUCAUUUGGAUUCGAGGAAGGAAGCAGAAACAUUCCCGGCAUAUCCUGAUAUAUGCUUUGCCAUCGACGACUUUGAUUCCACAUUUGACACAGUGGUUUUGUCAGAUGCAGAUCAUUGCUACUGUGUGGUCCUUAAUGCACAUGCUGGGGCAGCAUUUCCUAGUGAAAUGCCUGAGAAUGAAGUUUCUGACAAGUCACCGAAAACAGAAGAUUCUGGAACUAAUAAUAAAACAAAGGUUACUAUUUUUUCUGGAUUUGUGAGCUAUCAAAUGGUUCGUGAUGCAUAUGAUGCAGGAAGAAAUCGUUUUGGGAGUCUGCUUUCUUUCAGUCAUUCUUCAGGUAAAUUAGACAGAAUUUACAUGAAAGGUCCAGGCGGACGUGGAGAAGUUGAAGUUGCUGUUUCUGGUGUAGAAGUAAAUAUGGUACUAACUUCCCCAAAAACAGAAUACAAGUGUACAACUUUAAGCUUUUUGGGGAUUGGGAAAAACUUUCUAGACCAAAGCCAGCAUUCAUCAAGGCCUUCUUCACCUGUUGAAUCAAAAAGUGGAUUUGGUUUUGCUACAAUUGUCCGGAGAGCUGCAUCUGCUGCUUCUGUUGCUGCUAAACAGGCUUAUGCAGCUGCGUCAAAUAAUUCAGAUGAUGAGAUGUUGCCUCUUAACUGCUCUUUAAUGUCUGUAUCAUUGCCUUGGGAACACAUUGCACAUGAUCUCUUGUUUAAGGGUGGUCCACCAGUGAGCAUGUGAUCUUUUAUCCUGCUGAGCAGAGGGUGCACAAUGCAUAACUAUCAAAUACACAAUUAGCAGACUAUUCCAGAUGUUGGAUCUUCUGUCCAUAUUUUUAGAUUGGAAACUCCCAGAAGCUGGGUUAAUCGUGAUAUUUGUGGUGUUUUUGUGCUGGAUGGUUCUAAAUCUUCUAAUGCGUCCUCGAGUUUGAGCAAACUGCAUCCUACAACUAUUGUAUAUAUGUGAAGUUUAGUUCUUUUCUUUUCUUUUGCCUUGGUCUUUUCUUAAGAAAUGGGAUGAAACUUGCAUAGGAAUGUCAAAUAGCUGAUGGAGUUGAAUCUGCUCCUGUAUUUUGAGGUGCCCUUGUAUUUUCGAAGGAGGUACAGAGAGGGAAGCAAUAUUUUUCUCUUUUGAUGUGCAUUGCUGCUGCUAGAAUAAUGUGAAAAACAAAAAUAAUAGCUAUGAUUUUUUUUUUCCCCACUAAA